AGUUUGCCAAAACACGACACAGUUAACCUGGAAUGAAAAUGCCGCCCCCGGAGAGACCAUCUAGCUUUCGUCUCUGGUGCGCACGGGACAUUCCAUUGCGCUCUGAACAAGAGACAAGGACACAAGUGAAGAAAGCCUAUUUCGAGCUAAUUUCAUAUAGUGUAGGCCUAAAAACUAGACAAUUCGGCGACGGAAGUGUUUUUUUUACGGAGUAUAUUGCACAUGUACUUUGUUUAGCAGUGCAUUCUAAAAAUGUUGGACCAUUUUGCGAAUGUCUUCCAUUUCGGUGGUGGUACUACUGCUGAUAGUACUCCAGUGGGCAGGACGAGGCCUCCCUUCUUCUGUUAGGCCCAUCUGUGACCCCCGCGUUCUGGACCGCUUCAUCAUGGAGGCCCGCGACACAGAGACAGCUCUGCGAGGUUGCAAGGCAGGGUGUGGAGUGACAGGCACGUUUGUGGUUCCUCUGACAAAUGUUGACUUUGUAGUCUGGGAGAAAAAGGAUACUGGGCUGCAGGCUCUGGAGGUCCAGUCAGGGCUGUCUCUGUUUGGCCAGGCCCUGGGUGCUGUGAGGGAGUCAGUGAGCCGUGCUGCCGUGCAGAUCCUCAUUGACAACAACAAGAGCAACAUCCACAGCCUGGGCCAGGUGCUGCGCAGCCUCCACAUCCAGGACUUGUCCCUUCCUCCAGCACCAGCAGUAGGUGACUCAGUGACUAGGAAGGUGUCAUCACUAUCUGAGCUGCUCCGUGUCCACACCAACUUCCUACGAGGGAAGGUUCGCCUGCUGCUCACCAACGCACCUGCCUGUCAACAGAACAGCACUUGAUUGGAGCUUUCCUCAAAGGCAGAGGCUGUGAUUGGACCAUUGUUUAGAGAGAGAACGAGGUCAUUGGACUUUUGCUGAAAUCUCUGAAUGGCUUCCAAGUAUGUAAUGUGUAGACAAGGUGAUUGCUGACCAGACAAAAACUGGUGGAAAAGUCAGUUCCCUGUGGGUGGAGUUGAUGAGAACAAUGAGUAAGAGAGAAAAACCUGAGCUCAUUGACCUCAUCGGUUCCUAGUACUACCUAGCAGUACCACCAAAGAGCUCUGAUGCAUGCAGCGGAAUAAGCUACAGACAGUACAGAUCAUAUGAGAAGAUCAUAUAUAAAGUCCUAAAUCUAUUUAUACAUUUUGCCUUAAACUUGUCUUAAACUUGUUUUUAUAUAAAUCUCUAUUUUCAUAUA